CUCUCCCUUUGUUUACACCUUUUCUUUCUUGUUUUGUAUCCCCAUAGCUCUCUGUUGUAUCAGCUUGACCUUUACUUGACUUGCAUCAUAAGCUCUUGGUUACAAGCUACACCCUCCCCUCGGCCGAGACCACCCCACACUCUUCUUAUCCCACUCCCGUCCUCCACAUUCCACAUUCCGAGGUUCGUUCUGUCAAAACCCAACAUAAACCCUUCCUUUACCUCACCUCUCAGCGCCUCCUCCUUCCCCGUCAUCCUCCCCCCCCAAACUCUUCACAAUGUCCUCCGCCGAUACCCCAGACUCCGCCAUCGAGGCCCGUGUCGUAGACAAGCUGAAGACCAUCGCGCCCGCUCCUGAACCAAAGGAUGACUCCAAGGCCGGCGCAUCCUCUGGCCUCGCUCAGCAGCUUCGCGCCUUUGCGGCUGGUGGUUUCGGUGGUCUCUGCGCUGUCGUAGUGGGACAUCCUUUCGAUCUUGUCAAGGUCCGCCUUCAAACCGCUGAGCGAGGUGUUUACUCCUCUGCCAUCGAUGUUGUUCGCAAGAGUAUUGCUCGUGAUGGUCUGCGAAGAGGUCUUUACGCUGGCGUAAGCGCGCCUCUUGUCGGUGUCACACCUAUGUUUGCUGUGUCCUUUUGGGGUUACGACCUCGGCAAGCAAAUCGUCCGAGGUGUCAGUGAAGUCCCCGCAGAGGGUCUCACAAUCGCCCAGAUCUCAACCGCCGGCUUCAUCUCCGCCAUUCCCAUGACCGCCAUCACAGCACCCUUCGAGCGCAUCAAGGUCAUCCUCCAAGUCCAGGGUCAGAAGCAGCUUGCUCCCGGCGAGAAGCCCAAGUAUAACGGAGGCGUUGACGUCGUCCGCCAGCUCUACAAGGAGGGCGGUAUCCGCAGCGUCUUCCGUGGCAGCGCUGCUACUCUCGCCCGUGACGGCCCCGGUUCUGCUGCCUACUUUGCCGCCUACGAGUACAUCAAGCGAAAGAUGACACCGAUUGAUCCCCUCACUGGAAAGCCCAGCGGCCAGCUCAGUCUCAGUGCUAUCACAUGCGCUGGAGCUGCCGCUGGAGUUGCCAUGUGGAUACCUGUCUUCCCCAUCGAUACGGUCAAGUCUCGUCUGCAGACCUCGGAGGGCAACGUCUCCGUUGGUAGCAUCGUUCGUGAACUCUACGGAAAGGGUGGUGUCAAGGCAUUCUUCCCUGGAUUUGGUCCUGCCCUUGCUCGUGCUGUGCCCGCCAACGCUGCUACUUUCCUCGGUGUCGAGCUGGCUCACCAGGCCAUGAACAAGGUCUUCGGCUAGAUGCUAUGCCAAAGAAGUCGAAGAGGUAAAGCGAUAUAGGCAUAGACAAGAAAAGCUUGCUUUCGGAUUUUUCAGGGUUUCGAUACGGGUUGUUGACCAUUGGACAAGGUCACAGCAGAUGGAUGGCGUUGGUUGCUGGGCAUGUCAUGAAUUGUAUUUUCCCAUCGGCGGUGGAUGCGCAUUUCAAGCAGAAUUCGAGCGCUGAGCAUAUCAUUUGUUUUACGCACAUAGAUCAUGAGCAGUUAGAUCGUGUUGUUGACUUUCUGUUGUGAUGGAUAGAUGAAUCAAAACAUAAUUACACGCAUCUGCCAGGUGCUUUACUUAGCUCGCC